UAAAUGCUUAUACUUUCAUUCGUUCACUUGGAUUGCUUUUUGGAUGGAAUAUUUGUUCACACUCGUAGGAAUAAAUAGCCAAAUUCAAGAGGUAGCAGCAGGAAUGAACUUCAGAACAUUCUGACGCUGAAUCCAGCACAUAACUCUUCUGAUUCUCACCAUCCAAGUCAAACCAAGUUUCUCGUGUUGGCUAACUCAGAACCUUAGCACAAACACACGCACAGCGCCAACACCUUCGAAAGAGAGAGAUGUUGGAGGCUAAGUGUUUGAAGAAAGCAGUGGUUCCUUCCACUCUGAUUGACGACCCUUCUCCCGGAAGCCUUCAAUGCACUCGCCUUGCACUUCGUGUUAGUGAGGAUCGACGUUCUUGUGUUGUCUACAUAGCUUCCGGUCCCCACAUUUAUAAGCUCCACAUUGCUUUGGGAGAGUCUUCAGUCAAUGAAGGAAAAGAUAGCCUGUUGAUACCUGAACACACUGAGAUUAUUGCCUCUUCAUUACUCAACCGAUGCCCUCAUCGUUCAGAAAUUCAGAGUAUUGCUCUUGCUGAGGUGGAGAGCUGCGGUGAUGUAAUGUUGGGAAGUGUGGAUUCAUAUGGUCAUCUCAUUGUGUCUAAACUAGAUGCAUCUGGUGAAGAUGUUGAUAAGCUAACAUAUUCUGCAUUGCCUCAUGAUAAUGGUAUUGGGGAAGGCAGUUGGUCAGGGCUCUGCUUUUGCCCAAACCAAUGGUCUACGACAGCUGUUGCCCGUAGCUUUUGCAAGACCAUUGAUAUUUAUGAUCAAGACAUGCACAUUCGCACAUUACGACCGCUUUGGUACCCUACUUCAUUAAACUUCAUGCAAAAUGUAGUUAAUGGAGAUCAAAGUUCUACAUUAGCUAUUACGGAAGGAAGUCAGCUGUCAAUAUGGGACUUGAGAAUGAAAGAAAAUGGUGGUUGUGCACAUCGGGUUUGUGGCAUCCCUGGUGACAUCUUUUAUGCUGUUUCUAUUUCUUCCAAUGGCAAUGUUGCUGUGGGAGGAGCUGAUCGUACUGUGACUAUUUAUGAUCCUCGCAGAUGGUCGGCAUUGUCUAGAUGGGUGCACUGUUCAAAAUACGAGAUAACAGGACUGGCUUUCUCAACAAUAGACCCGGACUGCAUCUAUAUUCAAGGGGUUGAUUAUGAGGUCUUUUGUGGACGAUGGAAAGACACCGCCAAAAUAUUUUCGUUUCGAGGAGACUCAAAUUGGCUAGGCUUUAGUAAGUGUUCAGGGAAAGACGUUUUGGCUGGAUGGUGCGAUUCAGGCAGCAUAUUUAUAGCUGAUGUUGCCAUUGAAAUGGAUGAAGUGGUGUCUGUCCAGUAAUUUUCCCAUCUUUGUAGAAAUUGUCACCCUACCAAUAUAUGUACGUAACCAUGGUUAGUUUUUCAGACGGCUAAUUUAGUGAGAUCAAACAUCAUAUUGCAGAACAUGUCAUAAUUAAUUUCUAACCACAGAAUGUGUAAGGAAUUCAUUAAUUUUGUGCACUGUAUCAAUUCUGUGAUGUUCAUCUUAAGUUCAUAUCCUGACAAAUUAAUUAUUGAAAUAUCGAGGCUAAUUGUAUGGUUUACAAACAAGACCAUUAUUGUGUUAUAUGGCAUUGAACAGGAGCAUAUUCAUUCAA